AUGAAUCUGCUCCAGGGCUCUAAGGUUUGGGUCGAGGACCGGGAUUCGGCUUGGCUACCCGCUGAAGUGCUCGAUUCCGACGGUGACAAGCUUCAGCUCGUAACUGAUUCUGGCAAGAAGGUGUUUGCUUCCAAGGAGAAACUCCUCCCGAGGGAUGCGGAUGAAGAGGAGCAUGGCGGAUUCGAAGACAUGACGAGGUUGGCGUACUUGAACGAGCCGGGAGUGUUGUUCAAUCUUCGGAGAAGAUACGCGCUCAAUGAUAUCUAUGUUUUAGCAGCUUUUGGAUUUCUCCAGUAUGGUUAUGUGGUUGUUUGGCUUACAAGGAGCAUUUUAAUAGCUGUUAAUCCAUUCACAAAGCUUCCUCAUUUAUAUGAUUCCCAUAUGAUGGAGCAAUAUAAGGGAGCUCCAUUGGGUGAACUUAGCCCACAUGUUUUUGCUGUUGCCGAUGCAUCUUAUAGAGCAAUGAUGAAUGAAGGUAAAAGUCAAUCUAUCUUGGUCAGCGGUGAAAGUGGAGCUGGAAAAACUGAGACAACAAAAUUGAUUAUGCAGUAUCUUACCUUUGUUGGUGGACGUGCUGCUGGUGAUGAUAGAACAGUUGAACAGCAAGUUCUUGAAUCCAAUCCACUUUUAGAGGCAUUUGGUAAUGCAAGGACUUCCCCCAAAAACAUUGCCAACUGCCUCCUAGGUCACUACUGGUCUUGCGGAAAUGUGGAAAGUUGCUGUCGUUUUGGGAAGUUUGUUGAAAUUCAGUUUGAUUCAAAUGGUAGAAUAUCUGGUGCUGCAAUUAGAACUUACUUACUGGAAAGAUCACGAGUAGUGCAGAUAACGGAUCCAGAGAGAAAUUAUCACUGCUUUUAUCAGUUGUGUGCAUCUGAAAUGGAUGCAGAGAAGUAUAAGUUAGGAGAUCCAAGUCACUUCCACUAUCUAAAUCAAAGUAAAAUCUAUGAAUUAGAUGGUGUAAGCAACACAGAAGAAUACCUGAAGACAAGGAGGGCAAUGGAUAUUGUCGGCAUUAGUCACGAGGAUCAGGAAUCCAUAUUUCGUGUCUUAGCUGCAAUUUUACAUUUGGGAAACAUUGAAUUUUCUCCUGGAAAAGAGCACGACUCGUCGGUAGUAAAAGAUGACAAAUCAAGAUUUCAUAUGAAGAUGGCUGCUGAUCUUUUCAUGUGUGAUGUAAAUGUACUGCUGGCAACAUUGUGUACUCGUUCAAUCCAAACUCGUGAAGGCAAUAUUGUCAAGGCCCUUGAUUGCAAUGCUGCUGUUGCUGGCCGUGAUACCUUGGCAAAAACUGUUUAUGCCCGUUUAUUUGAUUGGCUUGUUGAUAAGAUCAAUAGGUCUGUUGGGCAAGACCUCAAUUCCAAGAUACAGAUUGGAGUUUUGGAUAUUUAUGGUUUUGAGUGCUUUAAGGAUAACAGUUUUGAGCAAUUCUGCAUCAAUUUUGCAAAUGAAAAGCUUCAGCAACAUUUUAAUGAGCAUGUGUUCAAGAUGGAGCAGGAGGAGUAUGGCAAAGAAGAAAUUAACUGGAGUUACAUUGAAUUUGUAGAUAACCAAGAUGUUUUAGAUUUAAUUGAAAAGCACUUCCGAUCUCACCCUAGGCUGGAAAAGGAAAAGUUUUCACAAACAGAUUUUACUAUUUCUCAUUAUGCUGGAAAGGUCACAUACCAUACUGAUACCUUUUUAGACAAAAAUCGUGAUUAUGUUGUAGUAGAACAUUGCAAUCUAUUAUCUAGUUCAAAAUGCCCUUUCGUUUCUCGUCUUUUUCCUUUGCUUCAAGAAGAAUCUUCAAGAUCAUCAUACAAGUUUUCUUCAGUAGCUGCCAGAUUUAAGCAACAACUUCAAGCACUCAUGCAGACCCUAAACUCAACAGAGCCUCACUACAUAAGAUGUGUGAAACCAAAUUCUUUAAACCGACCACAAAUAUUUGAAAAUGCAAGCGUCAUACACCAGUUACGCUGCGGGGGCGUCCUUGAGGCAGUUCGGAUAAGUCUUGCAGGUUAUCCUGCACGAAGAACUUACUCAGAGUUUGUAGAUCGCUUUGGGUUAAUAGCCCCUGAAUUUCUGGAUGGAAGUUAUGAUGAUAAGGCUGCAACUGAGAAAAUUUUGCUAAAGCUUAAGCUUGAGAAUUUUCAGCUGGGUAGGACCAAAAUAUUUCUCAGGGCUGGGCAAAUUGGUAUUUUAGACUCGAGACGUGCUGAAGUUUUAGACAAUGCUGCAAAGUGUAUUCAGUGCCGAUUGAGGACAUUUAUGGCACAUCGGGAUUUCAUAUUUUUAAGAGAUGCUGCAUUAUCACUUCAGGCAUGCUGCAGAGGUCACAUUGCUCGAAAGAUAUAUGCUGCUAAAAGGGAGACAGCAGCAGCUAUCUCUAUUCAGAAAUAUAUUCGAAUGUGGCUGACAAGGCAUGCUCACUUAAAACUGUAUUUUUCUGCAAUUGUCAUACAAUCUCGUGUUCGAGGUUUUGUGACUCGCCAAAGAUUCUUACAUGCAAAAGAACAUAAAGCUGCUACUUUUAUUCAGGCCUGUUGGAGGAUGUCCAAGGUUAGGUCAUCUUUUCUAAGACAUCAAGCUUCAAUUGUGGCAAUACAAUGCCUUUGGCGGUGUAGACAAGCAAAAAGAGAGUUACGAAGACUUAAACAAGAGGCAAAUGAGGCUGGUGCUCUCCGAUUAGCUAAGAAUAAACUGGAGAAGCAAUUGGAAGAUCUAACAUGGCGUUUGCAUCUUGAAAAGAAAAUAAGGGUUUCUAAUGAAGAGGCUAAAAGACUAGAGAUUUCAAAACUUCAAAAGAUGUUAGAAGCUUUGAAUCUUGAAUUAGAUGCUGCUAAAUUGGCAAAAAUUAAUGAGUGCAACAAGAAUGCGGUUCUGCAAAAUCAAUUGGAAUUGUCAGUCAAGGAGAGGUCCGCUUUGAAAAGAGAGCUAGUAGCAGUGGAUGAAUUGCGCAAGGAAAAUGCUUUAUUAAAGGUUUCAUUGGAUGCAUUUGAAAAUAAGUACAAGAACUUAGAGCUUGGGCUUAUGAAUGCUCAAAAAGGUCGGGAUGAAAACAUGGAGAAACUGAGGGAGUUUGAACAGAAGUGCUCUCUGCUUGAGCAAAAUGAGAAAAAGCUUGAGGAAAAGUUAACGAGUUUAGAGAAUGAAAAUCAUGUGCUUCGUCAAAAAGCCUUAAGUACCCCUCUUAAGAGUAACCGUCCAGGUUUUGCCAAGUCAAUGUCAGAAAAAUACUCAAGUGCAAUCACCUCUCGCACUGAACGAAAGACCAUAUUUGAUAACUAUGACUUUCUCUCUAAGUGUAUAAAAGAAAAUUUGGGAUUCAAAAAUGGUAAACCUAUUGCUGCUCGUAUUAUAUAUAAAUGUCUGCUUCAUUGGCAUUCAUUUGAAUCUGAGCGCACAACCAUUUUUGAUUCCAUCAUCGAAGGAAUAAAUGAAGUUUUAAAGGUUAGGGAGGAUGACAUUGUCCUGCCAUAUUGGCUGUCCAAUACCUCUGCGCUUCUAUGCCUUUUACAGAGAAACUUACGUUCAAAUGGUUUUUUAACUACUACUGCUCAGCGUUAUCCUGGAUCAUCUGGUUUGUCCAACCGUACUGGGCAUGUUUGGUCAGAAAAUGGAGGUCUGACUGCUGAGGUUGGAACUGACAAUAACAACACUAUUGUCUGCAGGAUGGCUGCUGUUCAGCUAAGUUUUUGUUUGGGACCAAAAUCUUCAUUGCAGUUUAUUGGAUAUGAUGAUGGUGCAUCGCAUGUGGAGGCGAGAUAUCCUGCUAUACUUUUUAAGCAACAACUAACUGCUUGUGUAGAGAAGAUUUUUGGUCUUCUACGUGACAAUUUGAAAAAAGAACUUUCUCCACUUCUGGGAUCAUGUAUUCAGGCACCCAAAACAGGACGAGGAGUGCAGGGGGGGAAAUCAUCUAGGUCUCCUAGUGGGAUUCCCCAUCUAUCGUCUGGUGGUCAGUGGGAUAACAUUGUCAAAUUUUUGGAUUCGCUCAUGAGCAAACUUCGUGAAAAUCAUGUGCCAUCCUUCUUCAUCCGUAAACUGGUUACCCAGGUCUUUUCCUUCAUCAAUAUAACACUCUUCAACAGUCUUCUUUUGCGUCGAGAGUGUUGCACUUUCUCAAAUGGUGAAUAUGUGAAGUCUGGUCUAGCUGAACUGGAGAAGUGGAUAGUCAAUGCAAAGGAGGAGUAUGCAGGGACAUCCUGGCAUGAGUUGAAUUACAUACGACAAGCUGUAGGCUUCUUGGUAAUUCAUCAGAAAAGGAAGAAAUCUUUGGAAGAGAUUCGGCAAGAUCUUUGUCCGGCAUUGACAGUGAGGCAAAUCUAUCGAAUCAGUACGAUGUACUGGGAUGACAAGUAUGGAACCCAAAGUGUGUCCAAUGAGGCAAGUGGUGUGGUUAGUGAAAUGAGAGAAAUUGUCAGCAAGGACAAUCAAAAUCUGACAUCAAAUUCUUUCUUAUUGGAUGAUGAUCUGAGCAUUCCUUUUUCUGCUGAAGACAUAGAUAUGGCUAUUCCUGCCAUAGAUCUUGAUGAGAUUCAUCUUCCAGAAUUCGUGUCUGAAUAUUCCUGCGCUCAGUUUCUCAGUUCACAUCAGAAGUAA